CGCCAUAUAUAAACUGAACGCGCUCUACAUCCGGCACACUCCUUCGGGUUCUCUUGUCUCGAUCACAUCUCCUGUACCACACAAUGGCCAAGUUCAUCGUUCUUGUCGUCGCCACCUUUGCUCUGGCGCACGCUGGUAUGGUGCGCCGAGAUGCGCCCACGCCGCUGCAGGAUCUGCAGAAACACGGCGAGGAGUUCCAGAAAGUAUUCGCUGAACAAUUGACCGCAAUUGUCUCCUCCAAGAACACCCAAGAAGUCCAGAAGGCAUUCAAGGAUGGCUCGGACUCUCUUCUCCAGCAAAUGUCAGCUUUUACUGCCAGUCUUCAGGAGGCCAUUAGCGAUGCGAACGGCAAAGUGAAGGACGCUUUGGAGCAGGCUAAGACCAACUUGCAGAAGACUGCGGAAGAGCUGCGCCGCGCACACCCCGAGGUCGAGCAGCAGGCUGUUGCGCUUAAAGACAAAUUACAAGCCGCUGUACAGAACACUGUACAGGAGACACAGAAAUUAGCUAAGGAAGUGGCGACCAACAUGGAGGAGACCAACGCGAAACUAGCGCCUAAGAUCAAGGCGGCUUACGACGAUUUCGUGAAACAGGCCGAGCAGGUGCAGAAGAAUUUGCACGAAGCCGCCAACAAGCAGUAAACAAUAUCAACAAUUAAAUAUAUUAUAUAGUCAUAAACCG